AGUAAUCCGAAAUGGCUCUCAGCUUCCAAAGACAGAAAAGCAACCCAGAUUCGAUCCAAUACACCCAUACCACCAGCAUUAUUAUUACUUCACGUGAUGCAUACUGAGUUCUAUCUCGCAUUCAUCCUUCUGCUUUCAUCUCGUUCAUCUCCUUCUCAUCUUCUCUCCAUUCAUUAUCGAACAACACAUCUUCAAUCAGUCUUUCACAUAUACCAACCAUGACAGCCCCUGAACCUACAAAGCAGGAAACACAGGAUUUCUUCAAGCGCCUCAAGUCACAGCACGCCAAUAAGAUGUGCGCUGACUGUAACGCAAAGAAUCCUGACUGGUGCAGCAUCCCUUUUGGUAUUUUUCUUUGCUUUGAUUGCAGCUCUGUCCAUCGCAACCUUGGUGUUCAUAUCUCCUUUGUCAGAUCAUCAUUGCUUGAUUCCUGGACAUGGGAUCAGCUUCGUACAAUGAAAGUUGGCGGUAAUGCUGCUCUGCAUGAGUUUUUCAACAAAUCGCUUCUUGGCAGCAGCAAGGAUGCAAAAACAAAGUAUACUUCCAAGAUCGCCAUUGCAUACAAGGAAAAGCUUGAACAGCGCAAGACUGAGGAUGCGAUCAGUAAUCCAGGCCGCCUGAUUCCAGAGGCUAAAGAGACAGUCAAGACUGCAGUAGUUUCUGCUUCUGCUGCCGCCGACGAUGACGACUUCUUUAACACAUGGAAUCAGCCAACAAAGUCUUCGUCAGGAACAUCAACUCCUACAUCCUCCUCUACUCCUCCACCUGUCGUCGGCUUAGGUACUUCUUCCACCGUAUCAACCCCUCGCACAAGUUUGGUACGUCCCCAACGUUCGACCUUGACUCCCAAGAAGACAACCGUUGGUGCUUCCAAGCCUAUGAAGUUGGGCGUCAAGAAAGUCAAUGGUGGAAGUUUUGAGGAGGCUGAGAAUAGAGCUAAAGCUGAAGCUGAAAGGAUUGCUGCUUUGGGAGCAGAGGCUGCUGAGCAGGAGAGACUAGAAAAGCUGGCAGCAGCUGAGAGAGCUGCCCAGCGAGCUGCUGAUGCAGCGAAUGCAAAGAAGCAGCCCCAAUCUACUCUUGUCAACUAUUAUCAAGCCAACACCGCUGGUGAGGCAGCAAAGGGAGAUCAAGAAGGAUUGGCCCGUCUCGGAAUGGGUAUGGGCCGUAUGGGUUUUGGCGCUGUACCCUCAAAUCGACCAUCGACCAGCUAUUCGUCAUCGCAUGUCGAGGCUACAACUGCCCGCGAGAAGUUCGGUAAUCAGAAGGCCAUUUCGUCCGAUCAAUUCUUUGGCCGUAACAACUAUGACUCAAAGGCGCAGGCAGAAGCAGCAAGCCGACUUCAAGCAUUCUCAGGAGCCACUUCUAUCAGUAGUAACCAAUACUUUGGUCGUGACGAGUCUGAACCGCAGGAGGAAGAAGUUGACCAGCUCAGCGCAGACUUUGCUGCGCUUGGAAAUGCAGUAAUGAAGGGCGCUGAUCUUCUCAACACCGUCCUCAAUGAUAUGACAUCUCAUUACAACUAUUAAGAAAUGGAAAAGUUCUGAAGUCGCUACCACCGCUAAAAAUCAUCUUCAAAUUUAUCUAGACAUGCCAUCUUUGUUUAUUAUUAUUAGAGGCAGCCCCACGAAUAGAGGUUCUUCCUUCGUUAAUUCUUAUUUUACAAUCAUAACCAAAUAUUACCGUAAUAAAUAUAUCCCAUA